AUGAGGGGAAAAAAGAAUUGUAUAACUUCAAUUAUAAUUAUUGCAUUCAUAGGUAUAUUUUCUAAAUAUUUUUCUAACACAUUCAAUACUUAUAAUACAUAUAUUACAAGAAAUAAACGCACACUGGCUAUAAGGAUAUUCCAAAGAAAAUAUAAACAAGAAGCUUUAAAAGUUAAUUUAAAACUUUUUAACCCAAAAUAUACUAUAAACAAUGGUUCCCACAAAAUAUCCUCUGUAUACAAAGAUAUGGAAUUGCUGGUUGAUUGUGUUAAUGGAUUGUUACUAGAUGAACCUGAAAAAUUAGAUAAGCAUGUAGUAAAAGAAAAAAUAAUGAAUAAAACAUUAGAAAGAGCCAUAUUUAAAGAUUACCCUAGAUUACAUGUUAUUCCAUUAAGUAGAAGAAUUUCUAAUAUAUUGUGUGAUUAUACUGGGAAAAAAAUACAUGAGAUUGCUGUUCAUUCUAUAUAUUAUUCUUUAGUUAUUUUUUUAACACAUAAAUGCAAUUCAAAUUUAUACGGUAAAUAUACAGAGUUAAAUAAUAUAGCAUUUCUUACUAUAGUAGUUAUAUGUUUAUCACAAAUAUUAUAUAAUAUCGGAAAAUUUGAUUUCUUAGAAAAAAACAAGAGUCCUGAAAUGAGAGAAAAAGAAUUAGAAAAGGAAAAAAAAUUGAAACUUAAAAAGCAGCGAGAAGAGGAUAUGUUAAAAUAUAAAGAAAUAAAUAAACAUGGAAUAAAUGAUUUGGACACUUACAUGAAGUACUAUAAGCAAAGAUAUUAUAGUAGGAAAGGAUUAGGAAAAUUUGACAAUUACUGUGAAAAAUAUAUAUUCGAUAAUGUUAAUAAAAUAGAUAAAAUAGCUGAAAGUAGUUAUAAUGAAAAUGAAAGAUUGAAAAAAAAAAUUUGUGUGCGUUAUGGACUCUAUGGUACAGUUUUUUGUUUAUUUCAUUUAUCUGCUUUAAUUUAUCCUUUAACAAGUAAGAUAAAGAAAAAUGAUACUCCUAGUCAUCUUCUUUAUAUUACUUUAGGUAUACCAUUUUAUGAUUAUCAAAUUUAUGGCACAUUUAUUAUAAUAUUAUCAAUUUUACUCUUGGUAUCCAUUAUUUAUAUAAUGAUAAAAAUUGUAAAAUAUGAACGUUUAAAAUCUAGGAAGUAUAUAAUGAAUUUUAAGAAAUAUUGUGCCUUUUGCAAAGAAUAUUUAUUUUAUACUUUUAUAAUUUUUUUUUUAGAAUUUACUGUUGGAAUUAUAAUAUUUGUUAUAUUUAUUGAGUUUACACUUAAUAAUAUAUAUGUUGUUUAUUACAUUUUUAUUAUAAUAGUAUGUAUAUUGACAAGUGUUUUGAAAAUUUAUAAAUUUAUAUAUAUAUUUUAUAUUAUUUAUGUUAAUUAUAAGGAAAAUGUUAUUAAUAAUAAUUUAAUUUUUAUAGAAUAA